CCCCCUGAUUUAAAUAUAUUAGUUUUUAUUUUAUUUUUUCAUUUCUUCUUCUUCUUCUUCUUUUCUUUUAUCAUUUAUAAUACAUCAAGCUUCUUUCAUCAUGUUCUCGGCUACAAAAACUACUUCUGUAUUACGUUCAACUAUAAACAUUGCUCGUCGUACAUAUGCUAAUAGUAGUGGAUAUGACUCUACUUACAAAAACUUAAUAAUCAACAAAAAUACAAAAGUAAUCUGUCAGGGUUUUACUGGUAAACAAGCUACUUUUCAUUCCCAACAAGCCAUUGAAUAUGGAACCAAAAUGGUAGGUGGUGUAUCACCCAAGAAAGCAGGACAAACUCAUUUAGGUUUACCUGUCUUUGGUUCUGUUCGUGAAGCAGUCGACGCCACGAAAGCAGAUGCCUCUGUCAUUUAUGUACCACCACCUGGUGCAGCAGCUGCCAUUUUAGAAGCAGUUGAAGCUGAAGUUCCUUUAGUGGUUGCUAUCACAGAAGGUAUCCCUCAACAUGAUAUGAUGCGCGUAAAACAAGCUUUGAUGACUCAAUCCAAAACUCGUCUUGUCGGUCCCAAUUGUCCUGGUAUGAUUUCUGCUGAGCAAUGUAAAAUUGGUAUUAUGCCUGGCACUAUCUUAAAACGUGGUAAAAUCGGUAUCGUCUCUCGUUCAGGUACUUUGACAUAUGAAGCUGUUCAACAAACAACCGAUGUAGGUCUUGGCCAAACACUUUGUGUAGGUAUUGGAGGUGAUCCUUUGAAUGGAACCAAUUUCAUUGAUUGUCUCAAGGUCUUUUUAGAAGAUAAAGAAACCGAAGGUAUUAUUAUGAUUGGUGAAAUUGGUGGCACUGCUGAAGAAGAAGCAGCUGAGUUUUUGAAACAAUACAACUUGUCUAAAGAAACACCUAAGCCUGUUGUUUCCUUUAUUGCUGGUUUAACAGCUCCUCCUGGUCGUAGAAUGGGUCAUGCUGGUGCUAUUAUUUCUGGUGGUAAGGGUGGUGCUAGUGAUAAGAUUGCUGCUUUAGAACGUGCUGGUGUUCAUGUUACCCCAUCACCUGCUAAGUUAGGCGUUACUUUAUUAGAAGCCAUGAAGAAUGCUGGUUUGGUAUAAAAAACAAAAAGAAUUAAAAACCAAAAAGGAAAUUAAAAAAAAGUGUAUUAUACUAUUUAUGCUUGUAUAAAUAAUAAACUAUUAUUCUAUGUUUGAUUACAUAACAAA